CCUGCGAGUUCUGGCUGACAUUUGCCGAAGAUCCAGAUCUUCAGGGUGCUCUUCACCCUUAUAUACCAAGAGUUGCACCAGUGCUACUAGAUUCUAUGGUUUACAGUGCGGACGACCUUGUAUGGUUGGAAGACGGCGUUGAAGAUGAUUCUGCCGUCCCCGACAAUGUAACAGAAAUUAAACCACGGCACUAUGGAGGACGAGCUCAUGGAUUGGAAAGAGAGGAAACUCAGGGAGAGACUGCUAACGGACAGCCACCUACAGCGUUAGAUGUCCUGGCUGUUCGCUUUGGCAAUGAUUUGCUUCAGCCAUUAUUGCCUCAUCUAAAGGAAAAACUCUGGAGCGCUGAUUGGAAACAAAGAGAAUGUGGAAUCCUGGCCUUGGGUGCCUUGGCAGAGGGCUGCAUUGAUUUCAUGGAGCCCCACCUACCGACACUCAUUCCCUUCCUAGUAAACAUGCUGAGUGACGCCAAGCCCCUCGUCCGGUCCAUUACGUGCUGGACUUUAGGUCGCUACGCGGGCUGGUAUGCUCAACCACAAACAGACGAGCAACGCAAUAUGUUCUUCAUUCCCAUCAUGGAAGGCUUAUUGAGAAUGAUUUUGGAUAACAACAAGAGAGUCCAGGAAGCGGGUUGCAGUGCUUUCGCUACAUUUGAAGAAGAAGCAGGUCAAAUGCUCAACCCCUUCCUGGAACCUGUUCUACAAAAUCUUGUUCUUGCCUUCGAUAAGUACCAACAAAAGAACCUUCUUAUCCUUUACGACGCUGUGGGAACACUGGCGGAUGCUGUUGGAGUUGGGAUGCAGAAUCCCACAUUGCUCCAGAUACUGAUGCGGCCUCUCGAACAAAAAUGGAGCAAGCUAGGUGACGACGACGACGAUUUGGUUCCUUUAUUAGAAUGCUUGACCAGUGUCACAAUCGCCGCUGGACCUGCCUUUGCAAACUGGGCCCCGACAGUAUAUGAACGCUGCUAUAGGAUUAUUCAUACAAGCCUGUUGCAAUAUACCACCUGGCAACAGAACCAAGACUUAGAUGAACCGGAUAGGAGCUUUAUUAUUGUAGCCUUGGAUCUGUUGAGUGGCCUCGUUCAAGGCUUGGGUAUGCAACUCGCUCCCAGUCUUGAAAUGUCCAACCCUCACCUGUUGACGCUGCAUCCACAAGCUUCUGUUCGACAAUCUGGAUAUGCGUUGAUCGGCGAUUUGGCCAUGUCUUGUUUCGAAAUUCUCAGACCUCAUUUACCUCAGGUCAUGCCGGAGCUUAUUAACCAAUUGGACCCUUCACCAAAAGUUGAAUUCGUUAGUGCGAGCAAUAAUGCCGCCUGGUCAGCUGGUGAAAUCGCAUUACAUUAUGGCCAAGGUUUGUUCUACAAUAUUCGAGUCCCCAAGAGUCUAACAGAGAACGCCGCUGUAACCAUCGGUCGAAUUGGUCUCGUUCAACCCGAGGCAGUGGCCCCGCACUUGGAAUCCUUCGCUGUGGCAUGGUGCCAAGCCCUUGUUGAUAUCAAAGAUAAUGAAGAAAAAGACUCCGCCUUUAGAGUAGUUAGGUGGCAAAACCCUUCUGCAGAAUUGAACGACAUGUUCACAAAGAUCUUACAAGCAUUCAGACAAAUGGCUGGAGCUCAAUGGGAAAACCAAAUGCUUAGCUUUGGACCGACUAUUGCUGAGCGCCUCCGUGCCCGGUACAAUGGGUCAAUGUACGCGUCAAAAUAUGGACCCUAUCCGGAUGGUGGCUCCUGUCUUUCCAUGCAUUCCGCUCUAGUAGAUCAACUUGUUCCUUCCCCUCUUUCUGUAAGAGUUUUUGCUGAUGUAUCCACGCAAAAAUUGAACAAACUCCACCUGGGUAAAGGUUCAGUAUUCCAACUUGGCCGUAAGGGAGCUGAUGUCACUCACAAUCUCGUCCUAUCAGAACCUUUUUGGGUCCCAUGGUCGCCCUUUCUUCGCUUGAUACGCUUUGAAAGCGCCAUAGCCCACAGCGCACACAGCACCAAAGAAGAUGAGCUUGAGGAGGGCCGAAAAGAAUCCUCCACCCGUCUUCCUUCCUUCAUCAUUUAUUACUCACUCAUGUUCAUCGAAGACAUCUCCGGUUUGCGCUUAAAGGAAAUUGAUUCAGCGAAUGCGGCGUCUAAGCAGAAAGAACUAGCUCACCCGAAAUGCCAAGAUAAGGGUUCAAAGGAAUAG